AUGUCAUCUAUUCAAUUAACUACUGCUAUCUGUAAAGCUGUUGUGGAUCUUGGUGCUAUUGGUAGAAACACUGGUGCCAUACCUCAAAAGAUAUUCUUCUUUGAUAAGAUUCGUUUCAGAUAUUUUGAGAAUGACAUUUACGAUCUCUACUACACCUACAUGGACUACAGUGGUCAACUUUGUAAUUACACAGGCACCAUUACAAUCAACACAUUUCCAAAAGUAGAUAUUACCCAACCAUUAUGUCUCUUCACCAACGCCACUAUCAAUCCAAUUGCUGGUAUGGCCAACGGUGACACUUUUACGAUGCAGCUUGUUGGCAGUGGAGAUUCCAAACUUCAGUUUCCACAACCUGGUAAACCAUCAGCAUUUAUGUUACAAAUCAACCCUCAGAAUGCAGCUAGUUAUAACUUCCUAAUUCCAACGAUUUCAUCGAAUAUCAGUUAUACCAUCAGCACUUACCCAACUUGUACAACAAGCGGAUCAGUCACUCUAAACUAUAAUGGAAUCCUAUCGAAUAUUCAAGUAAAUGGUGUACCACUGAUAUUCGACUACACCAGAGUCAUGCAUUGGAAGUGGAGAUGUGUAAGAACAAACAGUACCUAUCCACAAUCAACCAAUGGAAAAUGGACCAAUCUCACCAAUGGACAAUAUAGACUUAAAGCUGUCUAUAUUGCCGGACCAACUUGCAGUAGCAGUGUGGACAUUGGCAUUGGAAACAACACUCCAGAGGUAACUUUCUCAACAGUGAACCAAUGUUCCGCCGGACUAAACGGUACAGCUACAUUCUCAACAUUGCUCAACACAAAGAAAGCUGACAAUGUCAUCUACUACGUCGAUGGCAUUAGCAGUAAUUCAGCGACGGUUUCAUUGCCAAUUGGUAACCACUCUGUCAAAUCCUUUGUAAAUGAAACAGGAUUGUACAGACAAUUCUCACGACAACAACAGGUGUUCUCGAUCGCAUCCAACCGAAUUGACCACAAAGUGACAUUGAAUGGUUGCCAAUCAGCAAAGCUUCAAGGACAACUUAAAUUCAAACUCUAUAAUGUUACCAUGGAUGGAGUCGAAACAUUGGUUGGUUCCGCCACCGGCAACACAGCUAACAUCACCAACCUACCCAAAGGAACCUAUCGAUUCACUAUCGCAGAAUACUCUGGAUGUCUCAUUAGCUCAACGUCGCCGAUUGUUCAAUCAACCAAUCACCACCAUCAUCCUCAUCACCAAUCAUUCUCCUAA